AUGGCUAAAGGAAAGAAUGCUGCAGAAUUCUUUGCGGAUGUGAUUAAGAACGUGGCUUCUAACAGUCUGGAGACGAGGAAGCUGGUAUAUAUCUACCUUUUAAGAUAUGCUGAUUUUGAACCAGAUUUGGCUCUGUUAUCAAUCAACACAAUCCAGAAAUCUUUGAGCGAUCAGAAUCCUGUUAUUAGGGCAUUAGCUGUCCGCGUUAUUUCUGCCCUGAGGUUACCUGUUAUUGCCCCUAUAGUUCAGCUGGCAAUCAAACAAUGCUGUAAUGAUCUGUCGCCCACCGUAAGAAGAGCCACUGUUCAAGCUAUUGGAAAGUGCUACGACCUAGAUCCAUCUACAGGGACCAAUUUGAUAGAAUCCUUGACAAAAAUGCUUUCUGACCGAGACCCAUUAGUCUUAAGCUCUGCCCUUGUCACCCUUGGAAAAUACUUUCCAGAUAGGCUAGAUUUAUUGCAUCGACCAUUCAGAAAUAUUUGCAGAAUAUUACCUCAACUAGAUGAAUGGAGUCAGGUGGUAGUUUUGGAACUUCUCACGCGCUAUUCAAGAAUAUACUUGGCUAAGCCCAGAGUGUUUGCUUCCAAUGGCAGAAGCUCUGAACUUAAACAAGUUGAGGAUGAGGAUAUUUUCGGAGCUAGUGAUACUCCUGAAGAUGGUCAACGUUCGGUAGUGCUUGAUCCAGAUAUGGAACUGUUAUUCAAAUCUGCGAGUGCUCUUUUGUUCAGCCGUAAUGGCGCUGUCAUUCUUGCAGUCGCCAAGCUAUACUUCUAUCUUGGAACUAGGGAGACUUUUAGCGAACUAGAGGUAGCAGAGCCAGUGGUUAGAUUGCUUAGAAGUGAUUCGUCGGUGCAGUAUAUUGCACUCAUGAAUAUUAGAACAAUGGCUAUGACUAGAACAAAAAGUUUUGUUCCAUUUUUACCGUACUUUCAUGUGCUUCCAAGUGAUAAUGCUGUAAUCACCAAGCUAAAACUUGAAAUUCUCACUCUUUUGGUUGAUGAAAAAACUGUUGAUACAGUUCUGUCAGAUAUCAAAUUUUACGCGACUACUUCGAACAAUCCCAAAGUUGUGGCCAAUGCUAUGCAAGCUUUGGCUAGGUGUGCGUUAAGCUUUCCAUCUCAUUCUCGAAGAAUUCUAGCAUGGUUAUUUCAUCAGAUUGGAUGUGAGAAACCGAUUGUUGUCAGCGAAACUCUGACUUCAAUUCGGGUCUUGAUCCAGAAUGACCCUACGAAUCACAUUUCGACAGUCGCUAGACUAGCUGCUUGUCUAGACCAAGACUUAGUAGCCAAUGCCAAGGCUAGUAUAAUAUGGCUUGUGGGAGAAUUUGCUGGACUUGCAUAUGAGAUAACACCUGAUGUCUUUCGAAAAUGUACAAAAACAUUUGCACUUGAAGAUGAAAAUGUGAGGUAUCAAAUAAUAGUUCUCGCUGCUAAAAUCUACUCGUACCACUUAGAUCGACAAAAAUCGACAGAAAUGUCUGAGGAAACAGAGACUGAUCUGAGAAAUCGGAGAAGCAAUGAAGUUAUUCCUAAACUAUUUUCGCAUGUCAUGCACUUGGCUCGUUAUGAUUCUUCUUAUGACAUUAGAGACCGAGCACGUAUGUUCUCAGCCUUACUUAACUCAAGUAUUAAUAACGACAUAGCUUUUUUGGUUCUCCAGGCUCCUAAACCUCUACCAAUUAUCUCGAUCAAGGAAAAGCUACUUGGCUUAGAAUCUGAUCAAAAGGCAUCAUUGAAUAGCACCCCCAUUGGCAGGCUCCAUUUGGGAUCUGUCAGUCUUAUCCUAGGGCAUUCGGUCGAUGGAUACCAGCAGUUGCCAUCAUGGACUCCAGUCGAUCACCUUAUCGACCCAUCGAUCCGUGAUGAAGAAGAAAACAAGGAAGAUGGUAUCACACCGUUUUCCAAUACUACCAAGCAAUACCGGCAAAGCCCACCAAUAACUUCUCUCUCAAGCAAGACUUAUCGAGAACCGGAAUCACAUGGUCUACGGACAAAUGGUAAAAGACUAACUCAACAAACUUUGGACGAAUUUUUAGGUGACGUCAAGGUGGCUAGUGAGCAUGGCGAUGAGAGUGAAGAAAGUGAAGAAAGUGAGGAAAGCGAAGAGAGUGAUGAGGAUGAGAGUGAGGGGGAUGGCUCAGAUGAAAGCAAUGAAGGGGACAGUAACGAGGACGUAAGUGCAAGUGAGCAAGAUGGUGAAAACGAAGAGCAAGAAAGCGAUAGCUCCAAUGACGAGACAUCAAGGAUGAUCAGAUAG